UAUUUCUAUUUUCUGUGUGCGCCCUGAAACAUUGUUUGUUAUUCCAGUGCUCAUAAUCAUAACGUUUUCAUAGAUUUCUGAUUAAGUGUGAUAGGAAUGUGAUAAUAAGUGCUCACUUAUCAGUUAUUAAGUAAACUUAGUGAGAGCUCAAUAUUGAUUAACUAAAUACAAGUAAGCUCCGUCACAAGUGAAUUAUUUAUCAAGCGAAACGCAAAAAUUGGAAAGCGCCGAGUUGGUCAAUUACACCCGAAGUGCGACGAAUAGAAACACGAAGCUAGAAUAGCGAAUAACACAUAGAAUCCGUAUCACAAUGGGCCCCAGUUUGCUGUCAGCCCUCAGGCGACUCUCAACCCAACAAAGGAACACGACCUCCACAAUCUUGUCCAGCAAUCAUAUACGAUCUUUGAGCUCCCUCGGCAUCAUGAGUCUCCCAGAGCGUCAACCCUUCUCACCCGAUUUCUUCUUCCGUCAACUUUUCGAUGGGGAAAGCAGCACCUAUAGCUACCUCUUGGCGGAUCUGAAGAACGGCGAGGCCGUGAUCAUUGAUCCCGUGCUGGAGCAGGCCAAGCGGGAUGCCCAGCUGGUCAAGGAUUUGGGCUUUCACCUCAAGUAUGCCAUCAACACACAUAUGCAUGCCGAUCACAUAACGGGCAGCGGAUGGUUGAGAAAACUCACUGGAUGUCAGUCGGUAAUUGCCACGGCCAGUGGAGCCAAGGCGGAUCGUCACCUCAAGGAGGGGGAUCGCAUUGAGUUUGGCACCCAUGUGAUAGACACUCUGGCCACGCCGGGACACACGAAUGGCUGCAUGAGCUAUGUGAUCAAGGAUCAGGCCUGCAUCUUUACGGGGGACACUAUAUUGAUACGUGGAUGUGGACGCACCGAUUUCCAGGAGGGUUCACCCCGUAAUCUCUACGAGAAUGUGCACAGCAAGAUCUUUACGCUGCCGGAGAACUUUCGAAUAUAUCCGGCACAUGAUUACAAAGGUCAACUUGAGAGCAGUGUCUGGGAGGAGAAGCGCUAUAAUCCCAGGCUGACCAAGAAUCUAGAGGAGUUUGUCAAGAUUAUGGACAACCUUAACUUGCCCUAUCCCAAGAAAAUAGAUGUCUCGGUGCCCGCUAAUAAGGAGUGUGGGGUGUACGAUAUACCCAAGGAGUAGAGCUCAGUAUAGUCCCACAAAAAUACUCUUCCCCCCAUCAAGAAGUUUUUAUAUAUAAUCCGAUAAGGCUUCCAAGAGAUUUGUAAUCUUUAAAAUAAACAAAACCCAUAUUUCUUAUCAAAAUGCAA